AUGGAUAUGAAUAACAGCCAUGGCGACCAUGACUUUGCCAGUAUCACGGAUCUGUGGUGGGCUGGUGUUCGUUUAUGGUACAAUGAACAAGAUUUGCUGCAAGCCAUGCAACUAUGGGAACAAGCUCUUAUUGAAGUGGCGGCAUUGGAAGAAACCAAGACCACAGCGAGAGUGUUAGUGCCAGAAAAGCUGGCAGUGGCAUCUCCUGCCGUAUCCUACCUGGCUCCUCUUCUUUUAUUUUUGGCGGGAUGCCAUCUCGAUGCUGGUGACACGCACAAAGCCCAACGGUUGUGUAUGAGUUGUCUCGCCACCAAUCUCUUUCGGGAUCAUUUAUUACUACUAAAAACUGGUAGCAGCGACAACAAUAAUUUUUCACAUGGAGUACUGUCCGAGUACGAGGCAGCCUUUCAGGAAGACCAUACGAUUGAUGAACCAUGGAACAUGGCACAUCAAGUGGUACAGUGGGUUAUUGAACAGAAACAAAAACAACACGAGCAACAACCAGAAUCCUUUAUUCAGACACCAGAAACAGCUGCCAUACAUGUAGCACCAUCCAGUGUGUGGGCGGAUGCCUAUCAACGGCCCGGGUUCUUUUAUUCCUCCCUCCUUCCAUCAUCCAAAGCAGUGUACACCAGAGAAGAAUUCCCAGACUGGUGUUUACAGCUAGAACAAGACGACUACUAUCCCAUCAUUCGAGACGAAUACCAAAGACUGCUACAACAAAAAUCCAAACAACAGCACAACAACAAUACCAUGCCACGCCACUGGCCACAAGUAGGAGCGGGAGAUCAUCGGGAUGGUGCGGGACAACACGAUGCUUCUGUACUAGUGGGGGAUUGGAGAGAAGUGGUAUUGUUUGGAAGUGGGGCACAACCUCACUUGGCGCCACGGACAUGUGCAAUACUGCAACGCAUCGCCCCCGACGCCGUCGAUCUAGCACGACAAGGAGCGGGAGAAAUCAUUUUCAGUGUCUUGGCACCACAGACGUACAUUAAACCACACUGUGCGUCGACCAAUCUACGAUUGACGGCCCAUUUGGGAUUGCAAAUACCCAACGACAACAGCACCUGUCAGUGUUACCUACAAGUUGCCCAAAACAAGUUGGUAUGGCAACCCGGAAAAAUCAUUGUCUUUGAUGAUUCCUAUCAACACCAAGUCCACAAUCAUACCAACGAGAUUCGAGCAGUGCUCUUGUUGCGGUUUUGGCAUCCCCAAUUAAAAGCACAGGAUCGACAGGCUGCCUUGCAACAGCUCUUGGACGCCAAGGAAGCCGAUCGACAACGACGGUGCAAUCCACCCUUGCCGCCAGGAGGAAAGCGCAAUCCACAAGGCAUGGGGAUCAAGUCAUGUCCCACUUGUGGACGCAAGGGGUUUGAAACCAUUCGACUAGUAUCAUCUAGACCCGGCUUGUUUCAGUGUCUCUGUGGUCGUGAGGCGUGA